AUGACAGAAUGUGAUGGCUAUUUCAAGAAGUCGCUCUUCUUGGUGGGUGAAAUUGGUGAAGUCGAUUACAGUUUUCCCUUAUUAAUGAAUGGGGACAUUCAACUUGCAAAAACGAUCGUAUCACCAGUGGUGAAACGCAUCACUGAUGCAACUCGCACGUUGAUACAAGAAGGCGCAGUGGAAGUGGUGGUGGCAGGACUUCUCCCUAUGGGUUGUUGUCCGGCUUCCAUGACGUCGCUAUUAACCUUUGCCAAUUCGGACAACGACUUCGAAGAAACCAGAUGCUUGAAGGCGCCUAAUGAGAUUGCCAGAUAUCACAACAAGCAACUUCAAUUGUCUUUGCAGACAUUGAGCAAAGAUUUUCCACUUGCUAAGAUUAUAUAUGCUGACUACUUCAAUGCGGGGAUGCUACUCUAUAAGCGGCCACAAGAUUUCGAAUUCUGUAGCGAGACUUUAACAGCAUGUUGUGGCGGAGGCGGACCAUUCAACGUCAAUGUCUCGUCUUGGUGUGGGUCUCCUGGCUCAACUGUAUACCCGAGGCCGGCAACUUUUAUCAGCUGGGAUGGGAUACAUUUAACUGAUGCAGCUAACGGGAUCAUAGCAAAGAAACCGGAAAUAUUCAGGGCAGUGGGGACUUGGUCUACCGAGUUUACAUGGCCUGAUGUGGCUUUGAGAGGGAAAGCAAUCCAUAUUGUGUUGCUGAAGUUGCUAUGGCAUGCGUAUUUGUACUUUGUUUGGAAGGAGAGAAAUGUUGUACUAUACUGUCAAGAGUCUCCCUCUGUUGAUAGGGUCUGGGGAUUGAUUGAGAAUGCCGUCAGGAGCAGCAGACGGUUGGGAGUUCCAAAUAUGCAGAGGAAAGUCGCGAAGGGCUAUCAAAGAAGAUGUUUGGCAGCUUGA